UUAAAAUUAAAAGAUAAGGUUUUUAUAUACUAAGAUAGAAUUAUCCGGCAUUGAUCUUCAUCGUUGAUUCUCUGACCAUAUCUGUAUGUGUAAGCGUACAGUAAUGGCAGGCAGAGAGUUUUGGAGUGAUCGAGACGCCAUUAACGGCAAGCGAUUAUUACGAGGAUAAGUGCAACUGCUUGCCAGUUUCCUUCCUUCUUUAUCAAGCGGCGACGACCUUUGCAGUGGCUACUAUGAAGUUAGAUUGCUCGAUUUUGCUUUAGGUGGUGUUUGGUUGUUUGCCAUGUUUGGGGUCUGAUUCGUCGGAGAUUCGAGUAGAUUUUAACUGAUUUUAAGAAGGGUAUGGCGGAAGAAAAGGAGUCGACCUCGGUUCCCCUUAGUCAAGUUGACAAUGGCGGCCAGGAUCCCGAGGAUCCCGUUAAAUCUCCUCCGAGUUCUCCUAAUUCGUCUACUCGUAAGGCUUGCUGUUAUGUUCUCCAAAGUUGGGUGUCAAAGAAGUUUAUGACUGGAUGCGUGGUUCUUUUCCCUGUUGCUGUUACCUUUUUUGUUACUUGGUGGUUCAUUCAGUUUGUUGAUGGUUUCUUCAGCCCACUAUAUGAGAGGCUUGGAGUUGACAUAUUUGGACUUGGGUUCAUAACAUCUUUACUCUUUGUAUUCUUCGUUGGUAUAUUUGUCUCAUCAUGGUUGGGUGCUACACUCUUCUGGCUCGGGGAAUGGUUCAUCCAGCGAAUGCCCUUUGUCAGGCAUCUAUAUUCUGCUUCCAAACAAAUUAGUGCUGCAAUUUCUCCCGAUCAAAAUACUACAGCUUUCAAAGAAGUUGCAAUUAUCCGCCAUCCACGUGUUGGUGAAUAUGCAUUUGGCUUUAUUACUUCAACUGUUACCCUCCAGAGAGAGAGCGAAGAUGAAGAGCUAUGUAGCGUUUUCGUGCCAACAAAUCACCUAUAUAUUGGAGAUAUAUUUCUUGUUAGUUCUAAGGACAUCAUAAGACCAAACCUAUCUAUUCGGGAAGGAAUAGAGAUAAUCGUUUCUGGAGGUAUGACAAUGCCACAAAUCAUUACUCCUUUGGAGAGAGUUGAUAGACAGGGUGAUAGAAUAACUUUGAACAGAAUAAAGUAGUGUGACAAGCGGAGGAGGACAUAUCCCUGGUUUGUUUGAGGAGUUUAUUGUCAUAUAAAUAGUGUGGAAGUAGUAGACUAGUAAUCUAAUACUACAGGGCCAUGUGGCUUUGCGAAGUGAACCAUUUUAUUACCAUCUUGAAUUAUUGUAUUCAAGUGCGAGUUAUCAAUGGUGGUUCGUUCUUGUUUA